AUGAAUCGAAAAAGAACAUUGCCAAAUGAAGUGAGAUUUCCUUAAUAUCAAAAUUGGGAAAAAGCCACUGGCAAAUUUUUAGGUCCAGGUACCUAUAAUGAGAGUUAUGCUGUACUAAAACUUAAAGCCUAACCGUGUUAAUAAAUUUAUAGACCACAAUCGAUCGGUAAAGAAGCAGGUAGAUAAUGCUAUCAAAUGAAUGGGCAUCAAAUGGUAUAUGAAUCGACAUUUGAAAGUCCCUUAGUGAAGAAGCUUAAUUUCAAGCUUAACAUUAAUAAUGAUAGCGCAAUAGCAGCAAAAUAAGCAUUGAGGAACAUGACUUAACUAGCAGAAUCAUAAAAAAGAUCGCAAACUCGUCACAAUGAAACAAGAAUCGGUUUAAAAUCAAAUCUAAAAGCAAACAACACUUAGAGUUUCAAGAGAAUGUCUAUGAGCACCAAUAUCUCAGUAAAUUGUUUAUACCUUAAUUAAUUGAUUUAGAAUACUAAUUAUUCGAACUCUAAGACUCUAAUUCCUAACAGAGCAUCGUAAGCAAGCCGUAGAAAUAUUCAAAACUAUCUUAGUGAUGCAGAUUUGCAAAACUUUGAAGAGGGAGCUGAGACUGGUGCAAUGACAAUGCCUAUAAUUAAUCAAAGCUAUUAAUUAGAUCACUCAAAUCAAAAGCAAAAGAUCUUCUAUGCCAAAACAGCUUAAAACUUUUUUAACCUUGCUAGAGGAUAUACCAAACAAUCAAAGUCAAAGGGGAAAAGAAAUCCUUAUUCUAAUCAAAUUAAUGAUCAAAUUGAAAGAUCAAUCAAUAUAUUACAGGCUUAUGGUGAGUAUGAUAACUUCAAAAAAUACUAGGUAAAAUUGCAAGAUGCCAAAAAUAGAACUAAAAGCUAGAAUGUAUCAAGUCUUUCUAUUGUAUAUCCAUGA